AUGCUUAAACCAAAAUUUGCAAGCAGCCUCAGAGGCAUCGAUCAUAGCUUCUCAAGUAAUGAAGCUAGGGUGAAUUUAUAUGCGUUCGCACAAAAACAACUUAAAAUAGUGCAAAACGCUGCAUACACGCUAUCAAGAAUAGACCCAAAUGAAUUAACGCAGACAAAUUACAACCAAGUGGAACGGUUUACGAAACAUACCAAAAGGAUAUUACAUGAAACAGCCGGAAUAUGUCCUAACGAUGCAAACUUCAAGUCUAAGAUUAAGGCCGCUGAUCAUUGUACUGAAGCCACGAAAAUAAGAAUAGCUAGAAUGAGAAAUGAUGCUACUCUGGCCUUUAUAAUCGCAUUAGCGGGCCAUGAUCCGUUACAACUUAGAAACAAAGACACAUGGCAGAUGAUAUCGCAGCUGGAACUUAGCAACUUCACAGGUAGCAGCGUAGUGGCGCUCCUGGGAGCCCUCCACAAGUCAGAAUUAUUCGCCAAAGAGGAUACAAAAUCUACAGCAGAAACUUGCUUUAGAUAUAUCUUGCAAAAAUCACAUAUUAUGCGGAAACUCACUUCCAGAGAACGAUCGUUACUGCUUUGGAGACGGGUAGCAACAUUCUACAUGCUUGGAACUCUAGAGGAGACCCAUUUGAAACAAGUAAAAACACUCAUAUACUACUGUCACCAAGGACUCGAAGAAGAGGCCAUGUUCAUGGGACAUUCAGAACAACAGCAGAUAGAAUCUAGCCAGACUGAAAGGGCAUUAACGCGUAUCCACCAGACGCUCACAAACAUAUACCAAGCGGCAAUUAUUCUACGAUAUUGUAACACGACGAACAAAAAUGCUGAUGCAAUACCUGCACUGGGAUUCUCGUCUAUACAAAGACUACACCGGAUGAUGGACCUUGCCCACAGAUUUAGGGGACAAAAAACACAUGAACACAGGUCAAGUGACACACACGCAAAGGUCGCACUAGCGAUACGAGAUGCCAUACAACAAAGCUACAUGCAAUGCCUAUACGAACAAACAGUUGGAGAAAGUGCAUAUACUAUUGAUAUUCUAAUGAAGCACAACUGA